UACCCUGGAUUUUGCCUUUGGUGUGUUAAUUUAUAAGAGAUGACCAAUCACAUUGAAGUUCCCAUUUCUGAUGGACAUCAUAUGAGCCUGGAAGAGUUUCCCAAACCAUGCUGGACGAAACACUGUAGCUGGCUAAGGAGAAAUCUUCUUUUAAUCUUAACUAUAGCCGGUGUGAUAUUAGGGUCUGUCUUUGGCUGUCUCCUUCGAUUGCUUCCACCACUGGAUGGAAAUAUUCUUAUUCUGAUCUCCUUUCCAGGAGAUAUUCUGAUGCGGAUGUUGAAAAUGUUAAUAUUACCGUUAAUUAUCUCCAGCUUGAUUUCCGGUUUGGCUGGUCUGGAUGCCAAGUCUAGUGGAAGAAUGGGAACUCGUGCCAUGGUCUAUUACAUGUCCACAACCAUCCUAGCAGCACUGCUUGGCGUAAUCCUUGUACUUUCGAUUCACCCUGGAAACCCCAAACUGAAGAAGCAGGUCAGCAUCUCAACCAAAAAUGAAGAGGUUUCCAGUAUCGAUGCGUUUUUGGACCUUAUCAGGAACCUAUUCCCGGAGAACUUGGUACAAGCGUGUUUUCAGCAGAUACAAACAGUUUCUAAGAAAGUGCCAGCCCCACCGUCACCUCUGGAUCUUAUAAGACCUCUCAAUGGUAGCAUCAUGUACACCAAUGUGUCGCAGGCUAAUUCCUCUGCGGCUGAAGUGCCUGUGGACGCAGGACCUGUCAUGGUGACACAGAAGAAACUGGAGUUUAAGGGGGGAAUGAAUGUUCUCGGCCUCAUUGGUUUCUUCAUCGCGUUUGGAAUUUCUAUGGGGAAGAUGGGAGACCAGGCUAAGCUAAUGGCUGAUUUCUUUAAUAUCCUGAACGAGAUCAUUAUGCGGCUGGUCAGCAUGAUUAUGUGGUACUCCCCAUUCGGGAUUGCCUCUCUGAUCUGUGGGAAGAUUGCGGCUAUCAAAGACCUGGAGACUGUGGCACGGCAGUUGGGAAUGUACAUGGUCACUGUGAUUGUGGGCCUGGUCAUCCACGGGGGCAUGGUCCUGCCCCUCAUAUUCUUCUCUAUCACCAGGAAAAACCCUUUUGCUUUCUACGGAGGCAUAUUCCAGGCGUGGAUCACUGCACUCGGGACAGCAUCUAGUGCUGGCACGCUACCGGUCACAUUCCGCUGCUUGGAAGAGAACCUGCAGAUUGACAAGCGUGUAACACGAUUUGUUUUGCCUAUUGGAGCCACCAUUAACAUGGACGGUACAGCACUAUAUGAGGCCGUGGCAGCCAUCUUUAUAGCUCAAAUGAAUGGAGUGUAUUUGGAUGCGGGUCAAAUAGCAACUGUGAGCCUUACAGCGACUUUAGCCAGCGUGGGGGCAGCUAGUAUUCCCAGUGCUGGACUUGUCACUAUGCUCCUCAUCUUAACCGCUGUUGGCCUACCAACCCAGGACAUCAGUCUACUAAUUGCUGUUGACUGGUUAUUAGAUCGCAUGAGAACCUCAAUCAACGUCGUUGGUGACUCAUUCGGGGCUGGCAUAAUCUACCACCUUUCCAAAGCCGAGCUAGCUGCCAUCGACGCUAAACAUGCGAAGGAUGGGUUAGACAUGAUGAAAUUGCACAUGAUGAACCAUGAGAGUAUAAAGAGAGCUGCUAGAGAAGGCAUUAUCACCCCGCCAUUCUCUGUCUAUGCCUCCCUGCCCACUGAUGAGUAUGAGGUUCAAGUAGAGCCCUCUCUGCACCUCUAGUUAUCUCACACGCUGUACCUUCAACCAUGCUUCCAUUGUGAUUGCAGCAUCAUCUACGAGUGCCAGUCUCAGGUGGCCCAUUUUUCCUAAUUAAUGUUAAUACUAACCAGGCAGAUCAUAGAUGGAGAGUCUCUAAUGAGAGGACACAGGUGUCUACUGGUUAGGGGAUGCCUAUUGUUUGUGCACUAAUCUGUCCAAAAAGUGCUUCUCCCCAGUUCUACGCAGAUUUGGAUCUCUCAACAGUAAACUAGUACACAGUUGUUACAAACUGCCGUCUCGCUAGGCCGUAGCGCCCCACAUGUGCUUUUAAGAAAAUAUUUAAAGUCAACCUUAAACAAAGCAUGGUUGUAUAUUAUCUGUGACUGUGAUUAUAAAAUCCAAUUGUGCUGCUCUAUGACCAAUAAAACCUUAUA